AUGAGAGCUAGAUAUAGAGGCCCGGCAGGGAGUGGUACGCUUGAGCUUGGCGACGAUGCCACCGUCCAGGCGCUAUUCGACGAGCUUCGCUCAAAGUCCGGAAUUGCUAGCUUCUCCGUCAAGUAUGGGCCUCCCAUGGCAAUGAAACUGCUCAACUUGGAGCAAGAUGGGGACAAGCCCGCAAGAUCACUUGGGCUGCACGGAGAGACAUUUACCAUUGUCCCAGACGAGGCGAGACCCAUCUCGCCAGUGUAUUCUGCACCUUCUGCGCCUGCAGCCAAAGAGAAAAGCCGUCCUCCUGGCCCCAACCCUAAGGCGAGCGAGAAGCCAGAGGAUAUUAAUGUGCCGUGGGUUGAAAAGGAAGGCACUCUAUUACUACGUGUCAUGCCUAGCGACAACAGCUGUUUGUUCACGGCAUUUGGUGGUGCGCUACCGAAUCAACUGCCCGCUCACACGCUACGGCGCAUGAUGGCAGAGUACAUUCUAGAGCACCCGGAUACCUACACCGAGGCCGUUUUGGGCUCCCCUCCUUCGCAGUACUGUCGUAGCAUCCAGGAUCCUGAUAGAUGGGGCGGUGGCAUUGAGUUGAGUAUUCUGUCUUCGAUAUUUGAGAUCCAGAUCUGCACGUUUGACGUCCAGGCCCAGAACUUGAUAAACUUUGGAGAGGACAAGCAAGAGCGGUGUAUUCUUUGCUUCUCCGGAGUGCAUUACGACCGGGUGGCAUUGUCGGUCUCGGACUAUCCUCACACCAGCACAUCAUACCCGCCUGAGAUGGACCGGACAAUAUGGCCGACGACCGAUGAUGAGGUUCUCGAGAAAACGAAGGAACUGGUCCGAAAGCUCAAUGAAGCACAUUACUACACCGACACCGAUGGCCUGGUACUUAAGUGUGAUGUUCCCGGGUGUAAUUGGAUUGGCAGCGGCCAGGCGGCCGGCAGUCAGCAUGCCUCGGAGACAGGGCACUUGGAGCUUAGCGAAAUCAAGGAUUCGGAAGAAGAUGUGCUCCGCCGUUGUGAUACGAGCACCUGCGAUUUCAUGGGUCAAGGGGAAAAGGCAAUCCGGCAGCACCGCCUUGAUACUGGGCACAAGAAGUUCUCAAUAAUCCCCGAUCGGUGA